CACCCCUACUGCAUGCGUGACCGAUCGUUUGGUGUUGUGCUUUCCACUCGUACGCAUUAAUUCGGCAACAAACCCCUUUCUAUUCCACGCAACCUGCGACCUUGCUAUGACGCCCGACAAAGCCUACAUGGAUUGAGGCCGCUGCUGAUUGGCUUCUCUGUUGGAUACAAAGAACGGAACCCGUUCUUUUUUCCUCAGGUAGGGUAAUGGGAUAGGCAUUCAUAAGAAGAGAAGAACGUAGGCGGGUGUCUAUCGUUUUGGUGGAUUACUUUUUUUUCGCCGGGUGGCUUUACUCUGCAGGAUGUGGAUGGUGAUCACACAUGUGUUGUUUUUGCGGCGUUCAUCAUCGGAAGAAUUCUCCUGGAGUUUUUUGAAAAGUAUCUCGUUUUUCUGAAAAUUUAUUACUACAAACUUUGAAUGAUUAUUGUUUCUAAUUCACCGUCUGAAAUAGAGCAGCAAAAAGAGUGUUUUGGGUGUCAGUCAUGCCAAGAUCUUUUGUAAAAGAGUCAUCUCCUAUAAAAUUAACCGGUGCGUAUCAAAAGUUCGUUGACCUUCUAUUUUUAAGGCACUGAAAAGCUUCGACCAUUCGCUUCACUGAACAAUUUCAUAUUUAUUUUGCAACGUUAGAACAACUUUAUUUUUAUUGAGGUGCUCCUGAGUGAAACAAAACAAACGCAGGUUUGCGCUCAAAGAUUUACAGCCCAAGAUAGUGAGCCUGGAAAAUCAUUUUUUUAUUUACUGUGUUUUCGUGGACUACGACGCAUCGUAAAACUGUGAAUGUUUCAUUGUGAAGAAAACACUACUUCGUUCGGCUAAAAAUUUUUCAUUUGUUGUUGCUCACUUCCAGCCAAGACGUUACACCUGCUUUCAUCAGUUUGUGAUAAUACUGUGUAUUCUCGUGAAACAUGGAUAAACUAUUUCUUUCGGGAACUUUCAAAAACUUCAUCAAGCCUCGCAUAUUUGUAACUGACGGAACCACAUUUAGGUUGCAUUACCGACUGACAGCGCUGAUAUUGACUGUUUGUAGCAUACUCGUGUCUGCUACCCAGUUUUACGGUGAUCCUAUCCAAUGUAUACAAUCAGAUGAUGUGCCAAAAAAAAUUCUGGACACCUUUUGCUGGGUCGAGGGGACUUUUUCUUUACCCAAAGCUCUUCACAAAGAAGUAGGUGUUGAAGUAGUGUAUCCUGGUGUGGACCAGCGUGAUCCUGGCGAUGAAGCAGUGUACCAUGCUUACUAUCAGUGGGUCUGUUUCGUGCUGCUUUUCCAGGCUGCCUUGUUUUAUAUUCCCAGGUUAACUUGGCGAAGCUGGGAAGGUGGCCGAUUGAAGCAUUUGUUGCAACAACAAUUGAACAAACCAGUGUUAGGACACUGCGAGAGAAAACAGUGUUGUGAACAGUUAGUGAGAUAUUUCAGAGCCAAUAUGCGGCACCAUUCUUCGUAUGCUUUCAGAUAUUUAAUAUGUGAGGUGAUGAAUUUGAUAAAUGUCAUUGGCCAGAUCUACUUUGUGGAUUACUUCUUAGGUGGUGAGUUUACCACAUAUGGUAUGGAAGUUCUCCAUUUUACGGUGCGUCCCCAAGAAAACAGAACGGAUCCGAUGGUGAGAGUAUUCCCAAGACUGACCAAAUGCCUCUUCCAUCGCUAUGGUCCUUCUGGAGAUGUCCAGAAAUAUGACUCCCUUUGCCUUUUGCCACUCAACAUUGUAAACGAGAAAAUCUACGUACUCCUGUGGUUUUGGUUUAUCAUACUGGCAGUUUGCUCUGCCAUUUCAGCUCUGUACAAAGUUCUGCUACUCAGUUCUCGAACGGCGCGAUUCUAUGCUUUACGAUCUAUUGCCAGAUUGACGCCAAAAGAUCAUGUAGAUAGAAUUGUAAGAAAAACCUCUUACGGAGAUUGGUUUAUCUUUUUCUUAUUAGCAAAAAACAUGGAAGUCCUCAAUUUCAGAAAUCUUCUUGCUGAUCUUCAUAAAGAUUUAGAGAUGCCUUUACUCAAUAAUGAUGGCACUGCCACUAGCAGUGCUUGAAUAAUGAUGGUACUGCAACCAUCAGUGCCUGAAAUAGGACGAGAUUAAGCAUAUUAAACUUUAGAAUUUCUUAUUUUAAAAACUUUCAGUUACAUCUAUCACCAUUAUUAAUACGACUGUGAAUAAUUUCAUUUGCUUGAAUCUGUGAACAUUUUUUUAUAACUAGAUGCAAAUGAUGACAUACUUAAAUGAAGACUGUGAUCAUAUUUAUGUGGUAUGAAUGUUUUCAUAAUAUAUUUUACUGUGGGAUUUUCUGUUGAAUAGAAAAGUAAAAUAAUAGUUUGUCAAAAACUAUUUAAAAUUUUAAAAAGGGCCGCAUUUUACUUAGAUUGUCAAAAUAACUUGAUAAUUUACAAGAAUAGGUUUUAGUUUUUACAUGAUUUUAUCGUGAUUUUCAGUGUGGAGUUUCUUUUAAAUACUUAUUUAUAUGUGCUGAUGUUUAAAUUAGGCUUAAAAAUAAAUAAUUUCAUCAUUAGUUUUCAUAAACAUGUAUUCAUAACAAGUAGAAUCAUUGUAUCAUAAAAACAAUGUUUAUAUAA